AUUCUAAUAAAUAAAAUAAAUAAAUAAUUAAAUAGCAAUCAGCUGAUGAAUGCUCUUAUAAGUGAAUGGCUAUAUAGAGAACAUCAUAAACAAAACUAUAUUGCCCAACACUGAUAUUGCACGCGAUGGCAGCGACAACGGCACAACAAACGGAGUUCCGAAAUAAUUUUCGCUUGAUUGUUGAAAGAAUCUUCAACAAUUGGCAGAAUUUGCGCCUUGCCGUUGAACAUGGCAUGGGUGGUCGCAAUGGACAGCAGGUGGCAAUUGAGAUCAUGGAAUACACUUUUGAGUACUGCGUAGGCAACGAAAAUAUCACAGAAGGCGAGUUGCAGGAUGUAAUCGAGGAGCUGAUGGAUCAGGAAUUCAAUACGCUAUGCGACGAUCACUCCAUACCCGAAAUAUGCCGCAAUCUCCUGCGUUACAAGCAAAUGGCGAAGGCGUCCCAAUAUCCACAGAUUGAAGCUGAGCUCAGCAGAUUGCCGCAGGGCAAGGACUGGUUACGUCCCGAUGUCAAAAUCACGUACACGCCCAUCGAAGGCGAUUCCUCCUCCGACGAGGACAUGGAUGAGGAUGAUGAAGGAGACGAUGCCAUGAAUGGUGAGGAUAGCGAAGAGGAGGCUGCAACUAGCAGUGGAAGAGUUACACGCUCUCAGACACGUAAACAGCAAGCGGCAGAGUUUGUGGAGCCAGAGGAGGGUUGGACGACUGUCCGUCGCAAAUAGAAAUAUAAAUAAAACGCAAUUUAUACUGUUAGUUAUCAAAAAAUGUGGCGUUUACUUCUUGCAAAUCUAAAAAACGCAACGGAGCAAUUGGCGGACGUGUCUUUGGCCUGUGUGUUAUCCUGCAGAGAUUACACUGAACGGGAGCAGCUGCAUUUGGCUGAGGAUCAACGUCCUCGGCUCGCGGAUGCUGCAGCUGUGACCACGACGUGAAUUUACUCCCCUUCGGCAGUGUCAAUUUGAGAUCAACAACCGAGGCAAUCGAAUCGAUGUUGGGUGUCAGCGCCAGAUUAAUUGCAGGAUAGAUGAUGAAGGCAAAUGCGGCGCCCACAAUGAUGAGAACUGGAACAAAUGCAGCGAAAUACUUGUCCGGCAGAUGGGAAUGCAAUCCCAGCUCCACAGGCAAAUAUGCCCAAGCCACAUAGAUGAAAAACAGCACGGUAAAGAGAAAGUAAAAGGCGAAGCCAUAGAUGGCUCUAUGCGGAGUUGGCGCUGGGCUGUGUUCCGUCAUCUCCAAAGAGUCGAAUAGUGUCUUGGCAAAGCAGUAGACACUCAAAGAACGAGCUGAUGGCAGUACGUAGAUUCUUCACUUGAUCAGCACUGAACUGGACAACAAGCACAUUUUCCUCCAAGCUGAGUGUUUUGCGCACAAAAUUACGUCGAGGCUCUUGAUCCACACUGAGCACGCGAUAGGCAAUUUCAGCGUGCUGCGGCGUAUCAAAUGGGAGUCUUAAUGUGCUGCAAGUGAACUUAUUUAUAUUUUGAAUAAUAAGUAAUUCAAUCCGGCACACUUACGAUUCAUUGACUGCCUGUUCUGGCAUUUUAUGUUUUAAUUUAUUUACAACUAAUUUGACAGCAGCCGUGCAUGCUUGUCUGUGCAAAAUGUGAAUGGCAAUACAUCAAGCAUUCAUAGUGCAAGCAGCUGUUUUUGUUAGCCGAGACAAAAACCAGUGUAGUGCACCUUUAAACCACCCUCCCAACAAAUAAUAUGAUUGCCAGAUAACGUUUCCAACUUGUAUUUUCUUUAUUACAAAAUGCUUCCGCGUCCAAUUCUUAAUGAUUUACUUAGUGUAGUAUGUUUACUUCUUGGACUUGUUGACACCGCCCUUGGGUGCGGGCUUCUUGGAGGCAGUUUUGACGGCCGACUUGCCACCGGUCUUGCCAGCGGGCUUCUUGGUGGGUGCCGCCUUUGUUGGUUUCUUCUCCACCUUCUUGACGGGCUUGACCAGAGCAUCGCGCUGGCUCUUGAGUGCCUUCACGAUCUUCUGCUCCUCAAUCAGGAAAGCGCGCACAAUACGCUCACGCAGGCAACCGUGGCACAAGACACCACCGUAUGUGCGGGACACGGUCUUGUGGCGCUUGGACAGACGUGGGCGCUCGCUGGGGCGGGAAGGGGUGAUACCCUUAAGCUUCUCCUUGCACUGACCGCAGCGUGGCACAGUCUUGUUCUUCUUCACAUACUGGUAGACCAGACGACCGCCGGGAGUGCGAACACUGUAAACAAAAACACAUUCCAAUUAGAAUUCACUUUAGCUCACUUUGUCGUAUUGGGCAAAAAAAACUUACAUGCGCCUCUUGUUGGAUCUGGUGUUGUAAGACAGACGUCUCCUCAAAGUCAAGCGCUGGACCAUGUUGCGGCUGCUGUAUUA